UUAGUUUGUUCCUCUUUCACUGUGGAUUAGUAACUCACGCCACGCUGUUAUUUUGCCUGCAGCUUGCCUGAGGUGAAAGAACGCUGGUUGGAUACACUUCACAGGAAAAUUAAAGCAGCAACAGAGAGGGCAGGUUCUAUCACACCCCUCCCAAGUGUUCUGAUGAAGGUGCUGAGCAACAGUAUCACAGCUAAAACUCUAACAGGAAGUGGCAUGGACCCGUUUAUCGAGUUUCCCCUUGAUGGCGGCACAAAGAUCCCCACCCUGCCCAAGGAGUUGUGUAACGCAAAAGCAACGCAGCCCAUUGAAAAGGGCGGCAACAGUAAGAGAAGCAUCAGCAUCUUGAGGAAAUUGAAGAGGAGUUCCACCCUCAACAGCAUGUCCUCCUGUCCAGACACAGACUCCAAGAGCCAACUGUUUGGACAGCCUCUCUCCAAGAUCUGCCCAGAGGAUGGGAUGCUUCCCAAGCCCAUCACAGAGAUAUUGGUGCUUCUAUGGAAGAAAGGCCCCUCCACAGAGGGGGUGUUCAGGACGACAUGCAACAAUAAGACCCUAAAGGCCAUCAGGGAGCAGCUCAACAGUGGGACGGAGGUGGAGAUGGAUGCCCUGCCCGUGGUUCUCCUGGUGGGUCUACUCAAGAGUUUUCUGAACGAGCUCCCGGGACGUCUGCUAGUGUCGGAGCUGUUUGAGACCUGGAUGAAGGCCCUCGAGAGUGAGGAUGUCCACCAGAGAGGCUUGCAGCUCAAGAGGGUGGUUGACAAGCUACCAGGGCCCAACAUCCUGCUGCUGCGGAACCUUCUGUGUGUGUUCCACCACAUCACGAUGAGCGGGCACGCCAACAUGAUGGACGCCAAUAAUUUGGCGGUGUGCAUCGCUCCCACUCUGCUGCGGAAGGACGACAUGACCUUAGACGUGCAGACCGUGGACAAGGUGGUAGAGCUGACAAAGUUCCUGAUAGAGUAUUGCAGUGAGAUCUUUGGAAAAGACAUCCUGAGCCUUUUGGGAGAUCCUGAUGAAGAUAGCUCAGAAUCUGUGUUGUCACAGCGGCACGACUCUGCAUAUGACAGCACUGACCCGGACUCUGAGGGGGACAGCAUGGGGUCCAUGCAGGGAGAGGGGGAAAGUGGCAGCUCGUCCCCAUCUCUCCUCUCCGCGUGCGGGAUGGAACGUGGCACUGUCCCCUCCUGCCCUACCAAUGCCAUCUUCCACUCCUUCACCAACAAGACACCCUUUAACCGCCGCUGCUCAGAACCAAUCAUCUUCCCCUCUGCUGGGAAAAGGAACCUGGCCCGUAGCCAUGACAACUUCUCCGUGGAGGGCCGGGACUUUGAGGAGCAGCCACUCAAAAAGCAGAUCUCUAAUGACUCCUUCCUGCUCCCGGGGCAUGGUGCCGCUACCAGGCCUGCCGCCACACUGUCCCUUCCCAAACUCGGCGGCAGCCAUCCGUCAUGCUCGUCAUCCUGCUCCCUGGAGAGCAACACCUCCAAUGCAUCGGAGGGUUCUGUGUUUACCAGCUCGCCGCUGGCCUCCCCGGGCUGCCCACGCAGGGCCCAGUCCCCACAUCCGAGGGCGGACACGGUGGAAGUGGCCAAGCGACGCACCCAGUCCAUGAAGGUGAACAGCAAAGCUCCGAUGACGACCAAGAACCUGGGAACCUUCGCCCGAAUCAGUCUGAAGAAAGGCCACCUCCAGAAGGAGAAACCUUUCCCCUGUGGAACCCUCCAGGAGGACUCCCAGAUUGAGGCCGAGGCUCCUCUCAGGCAGAAGCAUCCCCUGUCUGCCAUGGAGGCCUUCCAGCAGGUGGAUAGCAGACUGCCAUUGCAGCCCCCCUCGUACGAGCAGGCAGUCCAGAGUGUGGCUCAGCUCACCCUGUCACAUUACGGCUCCAUGACUGUCAAGGCCGCAGCCGCCACUCUUAGCAGGAAUUCCCGCCCCGCUUCUAUGAACGCAAACUUCAUGUACUCCUGUACCGUCAAUCAAUACACAGACUGCUUCUUUCAGGGGACAGACAGUGAUGAUGUCACCGCAGUCCAACAACAUUCCGGAGGGUUCCGCCAGCGAGCGAUGUCUGAGUCUGUGUCGAGAGCACGCCAUGAGACCAUGUCACACCAUGAGACUGUGUCACGGAGGUGCAGCCAGCCCGUAUUCGAGGAGUAUUCUUACGCCAAGGAGUCCUACGUUUAAUGACCUUUUUCUGACGUUAUAUCUCACUUUUCACUUUGAAUGUACACAAACUAUAAUGUACAACUGCUAGGUUGAACUUGCUGAGUAGUACUGUUUAGAGUACAGAAUGAAAGACAUUUCACCUGAAAAGCUAUUAAUGAAGGUAGAUACUCCUCUAGUGUAUCUACAGAAAAGCUAUGUAAAUAAUCACAAUCUGAAUCUGCAGGUAUUUUGGAUAUCUCCUCCAGUUUUACUUUUGUUAAUAUGUACUGUACAUAAAUGUGUAACUUUGUAAAAAUGUGUGUAUUUUUGUGUCUUGACUCUUGACAUAUUUCUUUCCACUACAAUAAAGCACCUUUAUGUUA